AGAAUUCACAUCCACAAGAGCCAUUGCGUCCGAAAGCAUUUUACAAGAACAAACCGACCAACAAAUGCACAAUUCAAAGAGCCCACAAUAUCGUUAUAUGCCUACUCCAAAAACAUGCGAACGCGCAUCGUCUCGAGCUUCAUCAGAAACACCCUUUUUGGUAACAGACGCAGACCCUGAUAACCUCGAUCUGUCAGAGAUCAUGCACCGGAAAUUGACAGAGGCGAAAGCCAACAAAAAUCAAUUGGCUGAAGAGCGCGUCAUCAGUGCAAAUCUACGAUCUCAACUUACUACUGUCAAAGCGACAUGUGACGAACAGAAACGGCAUAUCGUGGAACUGGAAGUUGCUGCACAAAGCAACCUGGAGAAUUCCCACUUAAAGGAUCGCCAACUUAGUGAACUUCAGCUUAUGUUUGAUGAAACCCUGUCCGCGAAAGAGUCUCAACUAGAAAUGAACACCGAUAAAGACGAGCAGAUUCGUGUCGGACAGGAGAAGCUGCGUUGCGCAGAAGAGAAGAUCAGGGCCACAGAAGACCGCGUUACCAAAGUUAAGGACGCUGCUAAACGUGGAAUCGAGAACAUGAGUAAAAACUUUGACGCUCUCAGGAAUGCUGUUGAACACCUCAAAACUCGUUAUGAGGUCUCUGUCGAGACUAUCUCCAAAAUGCGGGAUGAACUUGAGGCGAUACGUCUUGCUACGUCGAAUGGCAUCAAAGAUCUCGAGCCAUUUAUGGAUCCAUCCGGUCUCCACCUGGUUAAAGCAAAUGAAACCCGAAUGUUGAUUCAAGAGCUACAAACAGAUCGCAAUGAUGCGCAGCAAGUGAUCGAUUUUCUAAAAGACAAACUUCAUAAUCUAAGUACUCAAUUGGCCGAGGCGAACGAAAACACGGUCGAUCUGGAGAACCGACGGAGGGAAGACUCAAAUAAUUUGGCACGGAGUGUCAACUCAUGGGAGACGACUGGUCGCCAAGUAGAAGAACUCGCGUCAAAGCUUAGGCAACGAGAGAAAGAGGACGCAGAACUUCUGGCAGAAGGACUGAAGCUGGAAAUUCAACUUUCAGAUGCCAACGACAAGUAA